UUGUUUCCUUUUGAAUUAAUCUCUGUGUUUUCAGAAAUAAGAGAUUUGUAAAUGUUCACGCCUAAUUAGAAUACCUUUAACCAAUUUCGUAAAGUAAUUUAAACAGAAGAAAUUGAUGCAUAUACCAUUUAAAUAAUUGAUAACAAAAGCAAAACAAGCAUAAAGCAAAGUUAAUUUAGCGUAAAGUUUUGUUUGCUAAAUUAAACGGGUGUAUUUUCAUUAAUUAUUCGAUAGAGGUUUUGACUACUAAUAAGUUUUAUUUCAGAAUUUAAUAUGCAAUUUAAAAAGAUUAGUAUAGAGAAACUUUGUCAAUGGUGUUUGUUCCACAGAGUUCAACAUUCAAAAUAUACAAGAGUGUCCAGGGCUUGUUGUAGAGAGUUUUCCACUUCAACUAGUUGCUAUUCUCCAAAGUCAGAGCUAAUGAAAAAAUAUGAGGAAAAGAAAAAAUCUGUAUAUGAAAGAAAGAUUGACAUUAGACCAGUUGAUGUGUGUGCUGUGUUUGCAAACAAUGAAAUUAGUUUUCGUCACAUCUCAGUUUAUGGAUUUGACUAUGACUACACUUUAGCUAAUUAUUCUGAUCACCUUCAUGUGCUGAUAUAUAAGAUGGCAUUAGAGAAUCUUGUUUCAAAAUAUGGUUACCCCAACAAACUUCGUUCGAUCAAAUUUGAUGCUGGUUUUCCCAUAAGGGGGCUUCAUUUUGAUACAGAAAAGGGUUAUUUGAUGAAGCUGGAUUCAUUUAGUCAUGUGCAGUUGGGUGCAGUGUACAGAGGUCAUCGUAAGAUAAACAAUUGGGAUGUGGUAAAGGAAUAUGAGGGUACACUGAUCAGUGUUGACAGUAUCAGCAAAGGUACUAAUAAGGGCGGUCAUACCAUCCACCAGCAGAUGGAUCUGUUUUCACUUCCCUUUCUUUCCCUGCUGUCGAACGUAGUCGAGUAUUUCAUUGAGGAAAAUAUUUUAUUUGAUCCAGGCUACAUUUACUACGACGUUGAGAAAGCGACACAGGAAGUACAUCUAUCUGGCAAAAUGCAUCAAGCCAUUGUUGAUGAUCUUGAUCGCUACUUACCUAAAAAACCUAACUUGGUGACAUUUUUAAACAGACUAGUAAACAAUAAGAAAAAGUUGUUUAUGAUCACCAACAGUUCAUAUAAGUUUGUUGACAAAGGAAUGACCCACUUGAUUGGGCCUGAGUGGAGGGAGUUGUUUGAAGUGACUAUAACAAGUGCAAGAAAACCACGAUUUUUCAGUAAUGUUGACCGAGCGUUCAGACCAUUUCGUCUAAUAAACCCAGUCACUGGACAUUAUCAUUGGGAUCAAGUGCAAGAUUUUCAAAAGCAUGGAGUGUAUGCUGAAGGGAAUAUUAAGCUGUUUACGCGGUUCACUGGAUAUGAAGGACCAAGUGUGAUAUAUUUUGGCGAUCACGUAUACAGUGACUUAAUGGAUCCUGUUUUAAGAUAUGGUUGGAGAACUGGAGCCAUUAUUCCUGAACUAGAGCGAGAGCUUAAAAUUUGCAACUCAGAAUCAUACAUCCGUGACGUGUAUUGGUUGCUAACAUUGGAAGAUUUACUCACAGACUCACAAACAAAUAAGGUGGAUGAGCAUGACAGUAUGCAGCAACUAAAACAGGAGCGUAAAGAACUUAGAGCCCGAUUAAAGUCAAGGUUUAAUCCAUAUUUUGGUAGUAUGUUUCGUACUUAUCACAACCCGACCUCGUUUUCACGACGUAUGACGCGCUAUGCUGAUCUUUACACAUCAUCGUUGGAAAACUUACUGAAAUAUAAUGAUCAGUUUCAUUUUUUUCCAAGACGAAACGCUUUGCCACAUGAACAAAGUUUCGACACGCAUAUGACAUGCUUUUAAUUUGCUACAUUGUAUCUUGCUACUUCAAAACUUGACAUUUUGUGUAGGUUGGAGUAAGAAUUUUUUAUCCUGUGUUAACGUUGUAAGAAAUGUAAAUUCUUAGAUAUGUUGUUAAUAUUAUUAUUAAAAGUAUUUUUAUGUUAA